CCGAGAUAACUUUUGCCCACACAUCAUUCACUUUUUGGAGCGUUGGCUUGAAAUUGAGGGGUGUGUGUGUGUCUGGAACCGACGUGCCUUCCGUGAGCCUCAGAGGUCUCUGCACUCUCUCCAAAUGGGCUGAUUACAACACAGAGGAUGUGGACAGUGGAGUUUUUCCUGUUUGAUGUCACACAGCUACCCUUUAAAAGUCCAAGGGGAAAAAGGAGGGAAUCCAGCCUAGGAUCCUCACGCCAGAUAUCCACAAGGAAGAAGAGGAGAAAAGGCCAGCAAGGCACAGCCUUGAGUGGAGGAGGCAGUGUCAGGUUUCAAACUCCGCGCCAGCCAUUCAGAGAGUGGCGAUGUCGGGGGCCUGCCUUGGGCUCUUAGUCUGCAUCCUGUGCUCUGUAGUGAGAGCCUAUCCCAACGCCUCCCCGCUGCUCAGCUCCAGCUGGGCUGGCCUGAUCCACCUGUACACGGCCACAGCCAGGAACAGCUACCACCUGCAGAUCCACAAGGACGGCCAUGUGGAUGGCACACCCCAGCAGACCAUCUACAGUGCCCUGAUGAUCAGAUCAGAGGAUGCUGGCUUUGUGGUGAUAACCGGUGUGAUGAGCAGGAGAUACCUCUGUAUGGACUUCAGAGGAAACAUUUUCGGAUCACACGACUUCAGCCCGGAGAGCUGCAGGUUCCGCCAGCGCACCCUGGAGAACGGCUACGACGUGUACCAGUCCCCGCAGCACCUCUUCCUCGUCAGCCUGGGCCGCGCCAAGAGGGCCUUCCUGCCCGGCACGAACCCGCCGCCCUACUCGCAGUUCCUGUCCCGCAGGAACGAGAUCCCCCUCGUGCACUUCAACACGCCGCGGCCGCGGCGGCACACCCGCAGCGCCGAGGACAACUCCGAGCGCGACCCGCUCAACGUGCUGAAGCCGCGGCCCCGCAUGACCCCCGUGCCCGUCUCCUGCUCGCAGGAGCUCCCGAGCGCCGAGGACAACAGCGUGGUGGCCAGCGACCCCUUAGGGGUGGUCAGAGGCAACAGGGUGAACACACACGCCGGCGGCAUGGGCGCGGAGCGCUGCCGCCCCUUCCCCAAGUUCUACUAG